AAAAUGUUAAAGUUAAUAUACGAAAAGACAUUCUUACGGAACAUAACGUGGUUGUUGAUUAAUCCUUAUUAUGACAUCAUCGACGUUUUGUGAUCAAAUGCAUGUAAUAAAAUAGAAAAUACGUGUGCUAUUUACUUAUUUGUAAAGAGAGAUGAAAAGAUGUUUUAAUAAAGACUCGUUUUCGCAGCUACGUGCAAAUAUUUGACCCCGUAUGAUAUCAAAUGUUUGGAUGAUACUUUGUCGUCUUCCGUGUUAUCAAUAGUCCUUGUGUUUCAGGUUGAUACACAUUGAUCCAAUCACAUCUUUGUUAUAGAAUGAAUUACUUCCUCAAGAACAAACAAUAUGUAUAUCUAUCAAACUAACCAUUUGUCACCCAGCGGACUAUGUUCCACUAAUCCCUGACAAUCAGAUGCGUGUUAGAUAGUUUAAAUAAACUUUUUUCUCCGACAAGAAAUUCAAGGGAUCAGUGUUACACUUUUCCUAUAGGAUUAAACAGAUCUUCCUUAGCUCUUGAAUGGAGGCAGGGAACCUACCGUUGCCCGGCCCUGAAGGCCCAGGGUGCCCUUUUGAUCAUUUCAGUCUCUCCUUGGUGCAAAACUUCUGAUUGGCCGAGAGAGUAAGAAGGGGGAAAAUCUUUAAUUAAGCAGAUAAUCUCUUGUUGGGACGAGAGCAGCUCCAUUUCAGAGCCCCCUCCUUGAAUCUUGGAAGCUCUGGUGAAGCUUCAUGUGCUGGUAGCUCAGUUUCCUCUCCAUCGUUAGACCGUGUGCAGGCUUUGGACGGGCUCUGAGUCACCGUCACACCCUCACCUGUCAGGAUGUUCAUGCAUUUGGAGGUUUUCUAUUACAUUUUCAUUCUCGUGGCUCACAUGAGGUCGUACUGCUGCUGGUCAGUGAAUAAUUUCCUGAUGACUGGACCCAAGGCAUACCUGAUCUACUCCAGCAGUGUGGCAGCAGGAGCUCAGAGUGGCAUAGAGGAGUGCAAAUAUCAGUUUGCAUGGGACCGCUGGAACUGCCCAGAGAGAGCUCUACAGCUGUCCACCCACAGCAGCCUGCGCAGCGCAAAUCGAGAGACAGCGUUUGUCCAUGCCAUCAGCUCUGCUGGAGUCAUGUACACUUUGACCAGGAACUGCAGCCUCGGAGACUUUGACAACUGUGGCUGCGACGAUAGCAGGAACGGACAACGAGGUGGUCAUGGUUGGCUCUGGGGCGGCUGCAGUGAUAACGUUGGCUUUGGCGAGGCCAUUUCCAAACAGUUUGUGGACGCGUUGGAGACUGGGCAGGAUUCACGGGCAGCAAUGAAUCUCCACAACAACGAGGCCGGGCGCAAGGCUGUGAAGGGGACCAUGCAGAAGACAUGCAAAUGUCACGGGGUGUCAGGAAGCUGCACCACCCAGACCUGCUGGCUGCAGCUGCCAGAGUUCAGGGAGGUGGGGAACUACCUGAAAGAGAAGUACCACAGGGCUCUGAAGGUGGAUCUCCUACGAGGAGCUGGGAACAGUGCUGCCAGCCGAGGGGCCGUCGCCGAGACCUUCAGUUCCAUCUCUCGUAAGGAGCUGGUCCACCUUGAAGACUCCCCUGAUUACUGCCUUGAAAACCGCACUCUGGGCUUGCCGGGCACAGAGGGCCGCGAGUGCCUUAAGAAGGGCAAGAACUUGAGCAAAUGGGAGAAGCGCAGCUGCAAGAGGCUAUGUGGAGAGUGCGGCCUGGCUGUGGAGGAGCGCAAAGCGGAGAUGGUGUCAAGCUGUAAUUGCAAAUUCCACUGGUGUUGCGCAGUGAAGUGUGAGCAGUGCAGAAAGACAGUGACUAAAUACUUCUGUGUAAAGAAAGGAGGUCAGAGGGGAAGGAAUGAGAGUGCCGGUAGCCGCCGGAAGAACCUCAGACUGAGGAAGAAGCACUGAGCACCCUUAUCACAAGUGUCAUCAUAUGUGUGUCACUGCAGUUCGGUCAACAGACUCCCUGUGCAUGUUCAGAUAGUGUGUGUUUUGGACAACAGAUAAGCAAACAAUACAAUUUCAGACCAUCUUCAUUGUCUUUUUUUCUAUUAAAAGUUAAAGAUUGUGGGAUGUGCACAAAGUCACAUGGUAGAGAAGUUCACAACUUUGUAGAGUUUUUGGUAUAAAUGUAUUUAAGAUAUAUUUUUAUACUUUUUAAAACAUUAUCAAAAGUCACUGGGCAUUUGAAGAACAUUUAUCUGACUGCUAAAUUCGCCACAACAUGAUUAAUUUAUUUUCAUACAUACACAGGAAAAUGUAAACAGUUACUUUUUGAGCAGUGGAUGAUAUGAUGGUUUAACAUUGGCAUAAUCAGCUUUUGAAAACACAAUUAUCAAGAACCAGUCAGGAUGUAAUCCCAUGAAUGCCUAAUACUGUCAGCCUAGUAGUUAUAUUUGUAUGUUUCAACUAUUAUAGCCAAGCUUUACAUUUAUUAAGAAACAUUUUGUAAUUUUUUUUGGAAAGUCUGGUCCGCCCUGACCUUUGCUGCCCUCUUGAUGUAUUUAAUUGUAUAUAAAAUGAAGCACUUUGUACUGUACAUUGUUAAUUUAUUGCACAGCAUUUCCUAGUUUUGCUUUAUUGUUAGUUGCCUUUAUGGUUUGUUUUCUAUUAAAAUGUAA